AUGUCGUGCUCUCAGGUCUGGUCAGGCAACGUGCAUCCGAGAAUCCUCCAGUUGUGGAUUGCGGUCGUUGGUCGCGCCAUUGAACCGGACAUUGGCCGCGGGGGUAAAGUGGAAUGCGGUUUCGAUAUCCCAUCACGGUCGUGCUGGAUCUUUUGCGCUUGGGUUGUCUCAGCAUUGGAGAAGACGAUCGGCGAGGCGAGUGGGAAUCGCUUUCGCAUGUCGACUCUGCUGUUGGCGGGCGUCGACGGCGAGACUCUGCGCGCGUGA